AUGGUCCUCUCGGCCCAGAUUGUCUUGAUUUUCUGCCUAGUCUUCAACUGUGCACUCGUAUCAGCCCAACAAGUGAUCUGGUACGGUGCAUGGAACAACGGGACCUACUUUCGCUAUUCGACGACAUUUGGAGUAUACGUGGAGAUCCUAGUUGAUCAGCGGACGCCCGUCAGCUACGAUACGGUCGUCAUCAACGCCGCGUCCUAUACCGGUCAGAUGGGGGCAGCCAAUUUUUCGGCGACAGGCAAGUACAAGGUCUGGAUCGGGCCGUUGCUUCCACAAGACGUCUCCCCGGGUUCGAUAUCCCUUUCGGUCAAGCAGUUUACGUCGGAAGUCACCUCCAUAUCUGUUCAUGUACAAGAUGGCAUUGUUCAGACGGGACUCGUCAUUUAUGACAUCAGCUUCACCUCCACUCAUUCUUCCUCGACAGUCGCUGCCACGGCCUCUGCCGCUAGCAUAGCGGGCACAGAUUCGCCUCCUGGCACUUUGAUUACAGGGACUAUGUCUAGUACCUCGACAUUGUCGUCGAGCUCUUCCCAACUAUCACAAGGGUCUACAUCACCUCCAUCUACGUCGCUACCCACGGAUGGCACUACCAAUCGGGUAUCGACUACCACCGACACAAGAUAUGUGACGGAAAACUCAGUCGGCUCCACGGCCCUUGACUCGAAACGGUCACAGCCAAACGUCGGUGCAAUUGUUGGAGCGACGGCGGCAGUGUUUACAUUUCUAUGCCUCUGUAUCUUCUUCGUAAUCCGGCGCCGAAGAAAAGUGCAAUCUGCUCCCGCGUUUCCAGAGCCAUAUCUCAAUCUUGAGAUCCCGGCGGAGAAAGCGAGGGUCCCUGCAUCGACGCCACGGGCUACCAAGGUUCCACAGGAGCUAGCUCAGACUAAUGAACAAGGUCGAGAGAACGGCACCGGCCCAGCCCCCGCUCCUGAACUAGUGCAUGCCACCGUCUAUGCUGAAGGGGACGAUGCACCGCCUGCGUAUGUCGCAUCUCCCGCAUCUCCCAUAUUACCUUCGCAACCAUCACCCACAUCUCCUUCUGGGCACAUCACUGCAGGUUUCUCGCCCAUGACUAUCGCAAAUCAUUCAGACUCGAUACACCCUACCUUGACACCUCAUUCAUCUAAAUCUCCCUUGAUUCGAAAAGAAUGA